GCUCUGGUCCCGGUGCUUCUUAUGGCGGAGGUUACUCAAACGCUGCUCCUAAUUAUGACUCGUACCAAGGAGCAUCCUCUGGCCAGUAUUCACCUGGAGUUGUUGGGCAUAGCUAUGCUCCCUCUGCAGGUGUCUCCACAUCUUAUGAAGCUGCUCCAGAGCCCAGUGUCCCUCAGCCUGCUGUUCAGAGAGGACCGGCAUCAUCUGCUGGCUCUAGUUCUUCUUCAGGACCUGCCUUCUCAGCAUACAGGGGCAAUCCAAUGAGGCUAAGCCCUGCUAACUCUGGACAUCCAGGGGCUGCUUUUCAGCUUGGCCCACGAGACAUGAACUGGGCUGUUGCACCUCCCAGUCUCCUCUCUGGAGAUGAGGAAAUGUCCACUGGCGCACGUGCUGUUGCCUCUAGUCAACCUGAGAAUGUGAGUCCACCUGAAUCCAUGUACCAGGCAGGAGAGUUGUCCCAUUUUGAGGAAAGCUUUGAGCACGGUAAUUCUGAGAGGGAGACUGAGGAACAAGGCUGGAUGCCCCCUCCUCCUCCACCACCUUUUGCAGCUUCUGAAGAGUCUGCUGGAGCUGGCUUCAUCAGCCAGCCUCAACCAGACUCGGGCUUCAUCAGCCAGCCUCAGCCAGAGCCUAACAUGGGUAGAAGCUGGUUCCCUUAUCCUUACUACGACUACAUGUUCCUGACCGGCCAGUAUCCCCCGGGCACAGUCACUCACACCAGCAGCAGCUUCGAGCAGGGGAGAGACCACUGGCAAGACGCCCACUAUGAGAGAUACUACGAGCCCCAAAACCCUGCUCCUGCAGAACAGACCGAGACCUUCACUGACUUUGCAGCCCCCCUGACCAUUGAGAAGAGGCCUGUGAUGGCUGGUUACAGACAAGGUG